AUGACAUCUACACUGGACGAGGCACGUUUUGAAGUACAAAAUGAGAUUAAAACCACUGAAACUAAAGUACCAAAGAAAAAAAAUACAACCGUUGUUAAGAUUCAUGAGAUACUUAAACUUGAUGAAGUUGAAAAAGAAAUUGUACCAACUGUUGAUGCUGUAGAUAAUACUAAAGUAAAUAAUAUAGAAAACGAUAGUGAAAUUUUAGAUAUAAUGGAUCUAACAGAAUUAAAUUACAGUCGUAUACCGAAACAUGAUAAACAUAGUGUUAAUAAAAACGUAGGCCAUAGUGAAGCCAAACAAAUGAGCUGGAUGCGAGAAUAUUGGGUGCAGGCUAAUAUACAUGCUCACGCACAACCGCUGCCUCCUGGUACAACACCAUUUACAUAUGCGCCUGACAGAAACAGUUUCGUCCAAUUAGUGUUUUUUUUAGUGCUUAUCAUGCUGAUUGUCACAAGCAGUUUCGUAUAUAUGGUUUAUGCUAGUGAAUUAAAAGAAACUUUUCUGAGGUCUGGGUUUCUUUUUGGUAUUAUUGGAAUGGUUGGAAUAAUGGCUUUAAGUUAUGCAAUGGCAUGCAUUCCUAUAACUAGAGUUCCCCCUUGCAACUUUAUAUGCUUGAUGUUGGCGGUCUUUUUCAUGAGUUUGAUCGUAGCAUGGAUAACAGCACGUUAUGAAACUCCGUUAAUAUUUGUUGCGCUAAUGUCCACAACUGUUGUUGUACUAGUUUGUUUGGCUUUGGCUUGCAGUAGUUUCGACUUCACACAAUUUAUGCUAUAUCUUGUGGCUGUAUCAGUUGCAUUUAUGGCUGUGGUAAUGAUCAUAAUGAUCACUCAGAUGGCAAUGGGCUUCGUAUAUAAACCUCUUCAUAUAUUUAUUCUUGUCAUCGGGACCAUCAUACAAGUCGUUUUUCUCAUAAUGGAACUUCAGAUGAUACUUGGUGGCAAAACGGUAGAAUUGUCUGAAGACGAUUAUGCAUACGGCGCAUUCAUGUUAUACACUUCGAUAGUAAACUUAUUUCUAAACAUUUUACAGUUACUUGGUUUUCUAGACGAUUAA